AUGUCGGCCUCCAUUGCCACCCUUGGCUCUGUGCCUUAUGCGACUGCAGUCGGUGCAGGCCUAUUCAUCUACUUCUUUCUUUACCCUUUAAUCAUCUACCUCAAAGACACCAAGGGUCUUCGACGUUUCCCCAACAUGUCCGCAUUUUCCGGCAUGUCUUAUCUUCCUUUCAUGAUUCUCGCUCAUGGCGGCGCACGAUCGACUCAUCUCUCGAAACUACACAAGAAGGAGCCUAUAAUCAGGACAGGGCCCAACACACUGUCCUUCGCCGGUGGUCAAGCGAUAAAAGACAUUUAUGGUCAUGGAACGCCCUGUACAAAGGAUGGAUCAUAUAUCGUAGGAGCUGGAACACACUUUCAUCUAGCCGACGUGGUCGAAAAAUCCGAUCAUGCUCGCAAGAGAAAGGUUCUAUCGUCUGCCUACGCCCUGAAGAAUCUCGAGGGUUGGGAGUACAAGGUUGCGGAUAAGGUGCAGAAAAUGAUCAACCACUUUGACAAGGUCUGCACUACUCCUCUUCCCAAAGAUGCCAGGUUCCCUGAUCCUAAGGACGUCAACCUUGACUUCCGUGCCUGGUCCAACUUUUUCUCUCUCGACGCCAUCGCUGAUAUUGGCCUCUCUGAGACACUUGGUCUCCUUGACCGAGGUCACGAUCGCGUGGAAGCCCAGGAGACAUGCGGCAGGGUCUACGAAACCAACUUGAGAGAAUGCCUUUAUCCCACCGCACGGAAGCAAUCUUAUCUUAUCUGGACUUAUGACUACUAUAAUUUGCUUAACAAGAUUUCCAACAUCAUUCCUUUCUACCGAAGGAUGUCCGAGUCAGCCAAGGGUUGGGAUUGUAUCGUGUUACGACGAUCUCAACUCCGAUUAGAUCGAUACAAUAAGGGAGAGAAACUCGACGACUUCUUCCAGGCUCUCAUGGAGGACAGGAAUGGUACCCCCCAUGGUCUUGAAUGGGGCGAAGUUGUUGCCGAGAUUAAUAUUAUGAUGAACGCCGGAAGUGUCACCACUGCCAUUGCCUUGGCCAAUAUUCUUUACCAGUUGCUGCUUAACCCCAGAGCAAUGGAGCUCCUGCGACAAGAGCUCGACUCAGUCCUCGAACCUGACGAGGUGGUUGCUCCGUAUGACAAGGUCAAGCACCUUCCCUACCUCCGUGCUUGUCUCGAUGAGUCGCUUCGCCUCUGGCCGCCGACUCCUCAAGGCCUUGGUCGACAGACCCCUCCUGAAGGCUCAACCAUUAUGGGCCAGUAUAUUCCUGGCAACACAAGUGUUAGUGUGUCGGCUCUUGUCGCGCAUCGCGACGAGAGCAUUUAUCCCGAGGCAGAAAAAUUCAUUCCGGAACGAUUCUUGGGUGAGAAGGGCAAGGAGCUCCAGUCCCACUUCAUCACUUUCUCAGCUGGCGCUCGGGGGUGUAUUGGGCGGAAUAUCUCCUAUCUUGAACAGGCCGUGUGCCUUGCAUCGGUAGUUCACCGUUAUGACUUUGCCCUACCAGCAGGGUUUGAGCUGAAGAGAGAGGAGACGAUGAAUCACAUCCUGGGGCCCAUGCCCGUCAAGGUGUGGCGAAGGAAUUUAGAUUGA